AGUUGCUGUUGUUUGGACACUGUGUUGCUCUUACCUGCUCCUGACAUUGAAGACACAUUAAACCUUAGAGAGGGGCACGGUGGGCAUUUACCGACUGACGAGCUUAUGAGUAAUAAGGGAAGCGUCUCGCAACGAGGACUUUGAAUUUGCGCACUAGCGGCAGAAGAGCUAGCUCCAAAGCUUGAACCUUCGGUGACAGAAGAAAGAAAAACAGCAAAGACAGCCGACGGCUUGGCGUGCUUUCUUUGUUUAUGUCGUGCCAGUCUGAACCGCGGUAUUAAUUUUCUUUGUCUUUAAUUGAGAUAUUUUCUGCGCAUACGGUAUUUAUAUUUGUACUUUAUUACCAUUACGCGGAGGGCAGAUAGCUCGUUAGCUAACGUUAGCCCGUAGCGCAAAGAAACAGUCUUGUUGUCAAGCUUUGAUGCUUUCGUAACUGCCCGACAGUGACAGAUAACUAUAGCUAACAGCGGGAGAAAAGUCGGGUUUGUGGAAAUAAUUUUCGUGCCUCUGUAUUUUUUUAUUUGCUGUUUGUCACUGGAUCAGGUGCUCUGUUGUACUGUGACACAGGACACAACACUGUAGCCGAACAAGUUGAUGUUCACUCGCUAAAUCGAAGCCUGUAGGAGACGUUUGUGGCCGUUGAACAAGUUUGACUUGUCCUUGCGUUUAUUCCUGAUUUUAAAUCGAGUGAUUCAGGGUUGCUUUUUUUAAUCCGUAUCGAUCUUAAAGCACACAAACAAGUAACAGGUUAACUGACAGCUGGCCUUGUACGUUUUAGGUUGGCUAGCAGGUUGCGUAAUUUGUUUGUGAGCAAGCUGUCAGCCUGUGCUGGGUAACUUGUUAAACUGUUAUUUAAAACUUGUGUAUCUUUGUCAGCCUUAGGUGAUCAGUGUGUUCAGCCUUAGGCGGCGUGGUGGAUGUCAUUUUAAAUAUUUAACACAUUUUAUCAUUCUUCUUUGGUACCGUUUUAAUGUCAAGAACAUAUGACGUGAUCAAGUCGUCACUCCUUACUGUAACUCACAGAGUCGCUGUUGGAUGCUCACACUCAUGAAUCUGGUAGCUUUAGAAAAGUAAGUAGAUAGAGUAAUGAAUUAAAGUCGCCAUCUGAAACUAUUGUGAGACAGUGCUGUGAUCAGGGAGAGACAGGCGUGGAGAAAGGGUCCCUCGGAGGGUCCCAUUGUGUCUUGAGGUGAGGUGAGCUGCCCCCCACUACUUGCCAAUGCUGGAUCUGGAGGUGGUGCCUGAGAGAUCACUAGGAAAUGAGCAAUGGGAAUUCGCCUUAGGGAUGCCAUUGGCCCAGGCCAUCUCUAUUCUGCAGAAACACUGCCGCAUCAUCAAAAAUGUCCAGGUGCUAUACAGUGAACAGACGCCACUCAGCCAUGACCUCAUACUGAACUUGACUCAGGAUGGGAUUAAACUGCUGUUUGAUGCCACAAAUCAGAGACUCAAGGUGAUUGAAGUGUAUGACCUGAGCAAAGUCAAGUUGAAAUACUGUGGAGUCCAUUUCAACUCUCAGGCCAUUGCCCCCACAAUAGAGCAAAUAGACCAGUCAUUUGGAGCUACACACCCAGGAGUCUACAAUGCUGCAGAGCAGUUGUUCCAUCUCAACUUCCGUGGGCUGUCCUUCUCCUUCCAACUGGACUCAUGGAACGAAGCUCCAAAGUACGAGAUUCCACAUGGGGCCAUGGUCAAGAGGAUGCACAUUUACACUGGCAACAACCUGCAGGAAACAAGAGCUCCGGUGAUGCCAUUGGCUUGUUUCCUUGGUAACAUCUAUGCAGAGUGCGUGGAUGUCCUGAGAGACCGGGCAGGGCCUCUGGGGCUCAAACUCCGCCUUCUCACCGCAGGUUGUGGUCCUGGUGUGAUGGCUGAUGCUAAAGUGAGGUCCCUUGAAAGGAGCAUCUACUUUGGAGAUUCCUGUCAGGACGUGCUGGGUGCUCUGGGAUCGCCACAUAAAGUCUUUUACAAGUCUGAGGACAAGAUGAAGAUCCACUCUCCAUCACCUCACAAGCAGGUUCCUUCUAAAUGUAACGACUACUUCUUCAACUACUUCACCCUCGGAGUGGAUAUCCUGUUUGACUCUACAAGUCACCUGGUUAAGAAGUUUGUCCUCCAUACCAACUACCCCGGACAUUACAACUUCAAUAUAUAUCAUCGAUGUGACUUUAAGAUUCCUCUUGUCAUUAAGAAAGAAGGAGCUGACUCUCAGACGGAGGACUGCAUCUUAACCACCUACAGCAAGUGGGAUCAGAUUCAGGAACUGCUGGGUCAUCCGAUGGAAAAACCCGUAGUGCUCCACAGGUCCUCAUCAGCCAAUAACACCAACCCCUUCGGCUCUACCUUCUGCUUUGGACUGCAGAGGAUGAUCUUUGAGGUGAUGCAGAAUAACCACAUAGCAUCAGUGACCCUCUACGGUGCUCCACGGACCGCCAGUCAAGCCCGACCUGAGUCUAGUAGUAGUUCCCACUGAACAAGUAACCAGAUCAACGUCCCAUUCUGGCCAGUCCUGAAUCUAGUACCUCUACUGACUGCACCUCUAACCCAGAGCCAGAUUCUUAACCAAGCAGACGUAACCCAGAACAACAACGUCCUUCUUGCCCAGCUCAGACGCUACAGAACAGAAACACAACCAGAACCCAGAAUAACCAAAUCAGCUUUUCCUGGUGGGUCCAAAGGCUUACUCUUUCAAUCAGACACACCCAGUCAGUACAGUCAACCCAGCCCAGACUACCACAGGAACCAGGAUCUAAUGGCAUGGCUGCAGUGCUGGAGCACUGAUGCUUUGAAGUGAAACCAAUGAAAUGAUUUCUUGGUUGUGUGGUGCUGCAAACUGACAUGGUGAAGAAAUCUGUGCUCCAGAAGAGUUCAUCCUGCCCAGACUGCAGUUUGGAUGGUUCCACCAGUAAGAUGUAAUGCAGCCUGUACAUGACAACAAUCUCCAUAACAUUGUGGUGGUGAGAUGAUCAGCAUUUAAAUAUCAUCUGCAACAAAUCUCUGUCAAGUGUUGAACAUCAAACAUAGAGUUGUGGACUUAAUAUGGCCGCCAGUGGAAAACGCUGUGGCCAAAGUCUUGAAACAAACUCUGGCUUGUCCCACUGAAUACACAUCAACCGACCACACUGCCAGCCCAACCAGUACCGCCUGUCUUCCUGCCACAACAUCAGGACCAGACGCGACUGGCUCAAGCAAAGCACGGACACAUCUGAACCGCAAUGAACCAAACCAGCCCAGCCCAACCAUGAGCCAUCAGAGCCAAACACACUGGAAGCUGGAGAGGACUGUAACCAAAAACAGGAAACACAAGAAUCCGGAUUUUUGUCGUACAAGAGAAGAACCAAACGUACUCAGUGGUCGGAGAGUCAUGAGGCGCCAGAACACACCCCCAACAGCCGGGUGACCAGAUACGAAGCCGAACGAUCCAAACAUCCAACAUCAGCUCGCUUCCCCCCCUUCCUGCUCACUCUUCCUCCACCUUUCUUCAGUGGUGCCCACAAACACACACACACACACACACAAGCACACAGCAGCAAACACGCGACAGCUGUUGUUAUUCGCAGCUCUGGACGUUGGCGUGUCUGUUUUUCUCAAGCACACACACACACACACACACCAACAAACACUCACAUAAAUGAGCAUCUGCAUGUGUUAGGCUGCUGAUUUUUGAAUCGACAUUUCAAUAGACUUUAAUUCAAGCACACACAGCAUUUCAGUCCCUUCACUACUAUUCUCACAUGUAUUUCUAAUACAUGAAAGCUGGUUAAUCUUUUCAGCCUUUUUAAAGCGCGAUGCAACGUGGAGACAUGCAGGCAUGACACAAGGAUUUGCAUGAACUUGGCAGAUGUUUUUCAAUGAGGGGAGACUUACUAGAAGCACAAACUGUCAACCUGUUCUGUUUAUUUGAUCCUGCAUGUUGUGACGGGACUUUGCACACACUUUUUUGCCCUGCUUCACUCAUUCACGCCAUUUUCAUCGUGUUUUUUUUUUUUUAAACCGUUUUACAUUUGCACUAAUACACACCUUUUUACUUGAUUGGUUGAUUGUGCCCUAUCUCAGAGAUUGAUUUGUGGAGACAUUUGGAGAAUAGUGCUGUGUGUGUGUAUGUGUGUCUGUUUUUAUCCAUAGGUUUGGACCGAGGAGAGGUCCUGCUAUGGUGCAUGGUGUAUGCAGUCAUGUCUCUGUGUUCCACUCUUCUCCCUCUUUCCUCUGGGCUUACUCCAACUCUCCAUCUGAUUGAUGCAUUGCAACUCAUCCCUCAGCAAUGUCUGCAUUCACCUCUUUGUUGAAUUGCCAAAUGCUAUAGCCAAAGACGUUUCAGGAUUUCAUUUGAUCCGCUGACUUUACAGCCGUCUUGUUCUAACUCGUCCUACGGAGAGGUGUGUGUGUUUGCCGUCUCCUUUCCGUCACAUCUUUUGUUUCUAAUCUGCACAUCAAAGUCAUUGCUGUGGUAAAGCCUCUAAAUUCAGCUCCUGGUUUCUCUAACUGCUGACAGUAAUUACAUAAGAUGUGAAAAGCUGACUUAUGUGAGCAUUUUGAAACCAACCAGCCUGUCUUUCAUCUGGAUUGGUGGAGACACAUUAACAACAGUAACAACUAGUGUCGCCCCUCUUGUGAGUGUCUCUUGUAUAGUGGUUAUUAGAGAGCUGUAAUUUAAAGAAUUACUAUUGUUCCUCUGUGGAUUCAGUACAUUUUAACCCCUUAAGGAAGUGGGGAGAGAACAUCAGUCAUUCCUUCAUCAUAACGUGUGUUUGCGUCUCCCUCCCAGUGUAUGAAUUCAGAAUCUUUUUAAUGAUAAGCAUUUGAAUAAACUGUGUAUUAAUUUGAAUACACAUAUUCUCAUGUAUCGUCCCUUGAUACAAAUGCCAUUUGUUUAUUAUUUUUCACUAUUGCUGAAUUUAUGAUUGUUUGUAUCAACAUGUGCGAAGGCAUGAGGGUUGAAGUCAGGGCCCGUAUACAUGAUGAAAUGUUGGAAGCACUGACUGGAAAAUUUAGACCAUUAAACGCCAAACUGGCUGCUUCCAGAUGCUUUGCAAAAAUGCAGCAUUUUUCUAGAAUGGGUGAGAUGAUUCUGCAAAGUUGAGGUAUAUCAAGCAGUUUGAAGGGACUUGACAUUCAGACUGACUUCACUGUGGUGUUCUUAUUACUACGUCCGUGUUCUUUAGCAGCCCCAACGGACUGAAUUGAUUGAUUUAAUUGCUUGAUUGUAUCCUUCACUGAAACCAAAUGGCAGCACAGUGCGAGUAGUCCAGAAGCAUCCUCAACAGUACCUUAAAGCAGUUUGGCAUCAUAUGAUCAGAAGAAAGCAAACACUCAUUUUAAGUCUAAUCAAAUUUAUGAUCAUUGUAAAUUCUAGUCAAGGGUCAACUUUUUUUUUUAUUCACCAUUUAUAGCCUUUAUUCACAGUACCUUGUUUUUUGGCACAGCGUGGAUCUGAACUUCAGGAUUGUUAAAACCCACUUCCUGUUGUUUCUUACCGGGCACAUGAGCAGGAGAAGACCACAUUAAAGAGCAGCUACGAAGUACAUUUCUGUGCUGCAUGAAUCCAGUCAGUUAGGCAGUUGUGAGGUUGUUAUGUGUCGGGCCCUGACGCCGAGAGUCGAUGUUGAUGUACAAAUGCUGUAAAUAGUUGUGCACUCUUAUUCUGCUGUCCUCUUAUUACAUGAUCUCUAUGGCUCGGCACAGAUACAACCGACUCAGGCACUGGCUGAGUAGCUCAAUAUUUCCUCCUUGAUUCUGAUUGGACUAAAAAAAAAAGUCAAGAGGAGGCAUCUGCUCACAGCUGACUCAUUAACAAUCACUGGAUUUGUUUUUUUUUUUUUUUAUUUCUCUCACUUCCAUACCACUCAGUAUUGAAACUCAUGCAAUGCUAAGGCUGCAAGUCCACAGAAGUGUUGGGUGUUAGCAGGUCACCCUGCUUCAGCUCUGCUUGAACUGCUACUGCAAGUUGUCCACGUUUGAUCCCCAGAAACAGCAUCACAUACGAAGGAAAGCACCGAUCCUUCACAUUUGAACUGGAAGAGAGCUCUGGUGGAGAUGUUUUUGUAGAGUGGACAGAAUCUGAUUUGGAGUCUAGCAUUGGCAUGUUGCUAGAUUAUACGUCUACUUGUUUACACUAGAAAAAAAAUAUCUCUUUGGCUGCAGCUUUCUUGUAGUCAGGCUCCCUCCUUAGUGAGGUGAUGUGGUUUCUGGAAACAGGAGAGCUGACUGUUUCACAGUCUAGUUUCUUAAACUGGGAUUCCAAAAGUGAGAGUAAUGGCUUCCAACAAAUAAACUCAUUUUCUCAUUGGUGUUCCCAGGUUUUAAGAUGUUUAAGAGCAAAAAUCCAGCAAAGUCUGAUGAACUUGGAAACAGAAAGUUCCCUGCUCCUGUUCUGGUUUAUCCACAUCUCGAGCUGAAUGAGGAAUCAGGUGUAAUAUAACAUGAAAGCUAUAUUCAAACAUUUUCCUCGGCUUGCUUUUGUGCAAGUAAAUAUGAGAAAAUCGAGAAAAAAGAAAACGCAAAACUGUUGAACAUUGUGCCUCAUCUCCCACCGAGCCUGUCCUUGACUUCUGUCUCUAUCUCCUCUGUAAAAAGGAAUCUGCUUGUACAUACAACUCGAGAAUGCAUUUGAACUGCAUCAUUGUACAGUACGUAUGUGUGUGUGAGUCACUGAGCAUUAGCAACAAGCUAACAUGGUCUAACAUAUCAGUCAUUUUAGUUUUCCUGUUACCUGCAGAAAAUGGCAGGUUGGGCUGGGUUUCCCGAAACAAAACAAUGUUUAAUGUGGUGUGUGUGUGUGUGUUACUAAGUACACCAGACGCCCAGAACAAUGAGCAAAUGACCAUUAACAUUUAUCAUAGUUACCGAGGAAUGCAUGAUUUUAGCAGUGUAAUUCUGCAAAUAAAGACCUAGUUGUCCAGAAGAUGGUAUCAGAUGUUCAUAAAGCAGAGGGGAAACCAUUCUGUUGUCUCCCUCUCCACUCUGCUGGAUUUGAAUAAAUUGGUCACCACCCGAAAGAUCCCAGAACUAGCUUGAGCUUUGCUCCAUUGGAAACAGAUGGGUCAAAGAUGACAUGAAAAAACAGAAACUGUAGAGGCGGCAGCAAAUGAAGCAAAUCAAGAUGCUCCUGUGGGAAAACAUACAGAAGUGUAAAGUUUGUUUAAGCGCAGCGCAAUGCACACACUAGACGCUGACAUUAGAAGAGAGAAAGAUUCUAGUCUUCAACCCAGUUUUGGUAAACCCAGCCCAGCACCACAGACGGUCAGUGCUGUGAUGAUGCAUUGUUACUGAGAGACAGGCAGAGGAGCUCUAGGGUGCUGGGUAGUUAAUCUCACCCAAACUCAGGUGGACAUAUCACAUCCUUGUUUUUCUAAAAUUUUUAAGCCAGAAAAAUAAGUGAAAACCUAAAUCCAGAGGUCUGUGUGACUUUUAGAUUCCACCUUUUUUCUUUUAAUUUCAUUGAAUGCAGGAAUGAAUGAUUGUCAUAAUCAGAUUGUUGUAAUUUAUAACUGACAGCUUCAGUUCAGUGUAAUGAUAAUCUCAUAUUAACGCUUUGUAUUGUCUGUUCUUGGUACCAUAUGUUCUGUUGCCCAUCUCACAUAUUCUCCUCCAAAUAUUUUUUGUGGACAUUUUAAGCCCAUUUCUGGAAAUGGGGCCGUUAUACUUAAUUAAAACUUGUGAAAUUCAUUGGAAUGUGGCAUUUUAUAUUUUGAAUACUAUAACUUUGUGUAUGAAGAAAUACGUAGAUUCAUUCAGCAUGUCCACUGAAAAAAAGGCAAUAACAAUACCAUGUAGUGCAAAGAGAAGGAUUAAGUUGACUGAAAGCUUUGCUCCAGCAAAUUACUGUUUGAUGAUGAUUGCUGAGAUGAGCUACUGCUGUGCGAGCUCUAACAACUAGCAACAUUUGGACUUUUAUGAAAUCAAACGCUCACUGUUCAUUGACUUCAGAGUUCAUUUUCUGUGUGUGCAACCAGGAUAUGAAAAAACAAUAAAAAAUGUA